ACUGUUUAUCAUAUUUCGCGGGGAGAUUGUCUUAUUUGUGGGUUUUAAUUUGAUAUGAUGAAGUGUGUCUCAACAAAAACGCUCCAGAGCGGGGCGAUAGCAAAAUUAUGUUUUAUUUUGAAGGAAGCUCACAUACUUAGUCUUAGUGAAUUUGUGCAAGAUUUUGCACGCUGCCAUCAAAUUACUUAUUUGUACUGCACCAAACCAAACAAUGUUUUUUUUUUUAUUUGCAAGUUAACCUUCGAGCUGCGAUCUAGUUAAGCGAUGUCAACGUGGCGCAGCUUGGGUGCAAAUGUGCGGACGCUGCGGGUUCUGCUCACCUUCAGACGGGUCGCACCUGACCACGGACGGCCGCGUGGACACGGAGCGUCAUGCCGGAGCCUGAGCGCCGGGACACCGCUCCGGAAUGACUUCUUUAAAGAUCUGGAGGCCCAGCUGGCCGCCUCGAGGAAGAAGGCGGCGGACGCCCUGCCGGGCAGCGACUGGUUCCCCUUGUACAUCAACCCCGGCUUGCCUCCGGAGAGGACCGACAUCGUGAUUAUCGGGGGCGGCGUGGUGGGCUGGUCCGUUGCCUACUGGCUCAAGAAGAAGGAGGGCAUCCGCGGGGGGCUCCAAAUCGUCGUGGUCGAGAAGGACAUGACGUACUCGCGGGCGUCCACGGUGCUGUCCGCCGGUGGGAUCCGCCAGCAGUUCUCCCUGCCGGAAAACAUCAGCCUGUCCAUGGCGUCCGCCGACUUCCUGAGGAACAUCAACGACCACUUGGGGGUGCUGAACGAGGACGCGGUGGACCUGCAGUUCAACCAGGCGGGAUAUUUGUUCCUGGCCGGCGACAAGGCGGCGCACAUCAUGGAGGACAACUACCGCACCCAGCGGGCGGCCGGAGCCCAAGUUUCACUUCUGUCGCCGACGCAACUAAAAGAGAAAUUUCCCUGGAUGAACACCGAAGAUGUAGCGCUUGCUUCCUACGGUUUGGAAAAUGAGGGCUGGUUCGACCCGUGGAUGUUGCUGAACGCCUUUCGGAGGAAGGCCAUGUCCAUGGGCGUCAUCCAGUGCUGCGGAGAAGUCACCGGUUUUAAAUAUUCGUCCAACGAGGUCGUGACGGAGGACGGCGAACCUUUGGAGCUGAGGAGGAUCAAAUCCGUGAAGGUGCAGAUGCCCAGCAGUUUGGAGUACCAGCCCGUGGAGUGCGCCGUGGUGGUGAACGCGGCCGGGGCCUUCUCGGCAAAACUGGCCCACAUGCUGGGAGCGGGACUCGGACCCGAGGACACCCUGGCCGGAAUCCCGAUCCCUGUCGAGCCGAGGAAAAGGUUCAUCUACGUUUUCCACUGUCCCGACGGACCCGGUCUGGACACGCCCUUCCUUAUCGACCACUCGGGCGUGUACUUCAGGAGGGAGGGCCUCGGAGGGAACUACAUUGCGGGCAGGUCGCCGGACCAGGGAGAGGAGCCAGAUGCGGCCAAUCUGGAUGUGGACCACCAGUUUUUCCAGGACAAGAUUUGGCCCGAGCUGGCGCACCGUGUUCCCGCAUUUGAAAAACUGAAGGUGACGAGCGCCUGGGCGGGCUAUUACGACUACAACACGCUGGACCAGAACGGCAUCGUGGGCGCGCACCCGCUGGUCAGCAACAUGUACUUCGCCACGGGCUUCAGCGGCCACGGCCUGCAGCACUCACCCGCCGUGGGCCGCGCGACCGCCGAGCUCAUCCUAGACGGCGGUUUCACCACGCUGGACCUGAGCCGGCUCGGCUUCCGCCGCAUCGCCGACCACGAGCCCAUGCUGGAGAGGAUCAUUCUGUAGACGCCGGAACCUUCUUUUCCUCCUCGCUGGGAUUCGGGAAAGACGGCAAAUCGGUUCGCUUCAGAAACUGAGAAAUGUGACUCCAAUCUGUUUUUUUUCUGUGAUUUACUGACUGGGAUCCAACUCAGUACUUCAGUUUUUAUGUAGAACUGCGAGCAAUAUCAUCAGAAUGAAUAUCCAACAUCCCAAAGUCAGACAAUAACCGUUUUGGUAAAAACGAGUACAGUGUUCCCUCGCUACAAUGUGGUUCACUUUACGCUGAUUCGCUAUUACACAGAUUUGUAUGUGUGUAUUUUUUUUUUAAUACGGUUUAGUGGGCUUUUAAAAAAAAAAUUGCA